CUUUCCACGUGAUCUCCAUCUUCCUUUAUCCUCCUCCUCCUUGCUUAUAAUAAAUGUGACCACUUGCGGUGAAGUCUGACGGCGCUUCUUAGUCCUCAAGAGACUAAAGGAGGAGAGACAUACAAAUGGACGCCAUCAGCAGCGGUGGCGGAGGGGGCGAAGGAUGGCGAGUGGCGCCGCCGAUGAGCGCAAUGGAGAUCCUGCGAGAGACCGUCCGGAUCCUCCGCGCCGAGCCCUCCCCCUUCAUGGCCACACUCGUCAUCCUCAUCUGCCCCGUCUCCAGCGCCCUCCUCUCCGCCGUCCUCGUCCCCCCUGCCGCCUCCGACGCCCUCGCCCGUCGCCUCGCCUUCCUCGCCGCCGCCAGCGGCCUCCCCCUCGCCCGCCCCCUCCUCCAACUCUGCCGCCACCUCGCUGCCACCCUCCUCUCCGCCGCCGCCUGCUUCCCCCUCCUGGCCACCGCCCUCCUCCUCGCCCGCACCUCCGUCGCCUACUCCGUCGCCUGCGCCUACGCCGGCAAGAAAUUCCGCCCCGCCGACUUCUUCGCCGCCGUGCGCCGCGCCUGGCGCCGCCUCAUCUCCACCUACCUCUGGGUCUGCGCCUCCAUCUCCGCCUGCCUCGCCCUGUUCCUCGCCCUCCUCCUGCUCGCCUGCAAGGCGUUCGCCGCGUUGGGCUACCCGCCCGAGAUCGUCGUCUACCCGGCACUGCUCACCGUCCUCGCCUUCUCAAUGGCAUACGCCCACACCAUCAUCGUCUGCAACCUCGCGAGCGUGAUCUCCGUCUUGGAAGAGGUCUCCGGGCUGUUGGCGUUGCUGAGGUCGGUGAGGUUGAUCAGGGGGCAGACGCAGGCGGGGCUGCUGAUGUUCCUCGGGUCGACGAUUGGGAUGGCGUUCGUGGAGGGGCUAUUCGAGCAUCGAGUGAAGACCUUAAGCUACGGAAACGGGUCGUCACGGCUGUGGGAGGGGCCACUUCUGGUCUUCAUGUACUCCUUUGUUGUACUGAUAGAUUCAAUGAUGAGCGCAGUGUUCUACUUCACCUGUAGGUCCUCUGUCAUGGAAGAAUUGGAUGGGGAUGGCCGUGCUCUGAAAGGAACGCAGAAUGCUUCUCCCGAAGUGGACCGAUGCUGAGUGAACAGAAUCAAAAGCUAAU